AAAAAAUCUGAUCCACUAGGUGGGUGGGACUUAAGAUCAUUUCAAAACUGGGUGAAACGAAAAAUGGAAGCUUCACCUUCCAAAACGAAGGUAAUUAGAAUCAAUGGCUUCACAAACAACUUCCCUCUUCCAUCUCCACUUGUUAUCUUCCAUUUUUCCCAAAAGGGUACCUCUUAUUUCUUCUCAAAACUCCCUCAGCCACUCAAUUUUCCCUCCACAAACCUCAUCACAUUUUGACCCCAUACCCAUCAAGCUUCAAAGAUUUCAGAGACUCGGAACAAAAGCAACCUUUAAUGAACAAGGUGCUACCACCCCUCUUCAAGUUCAACCCAACAGAGAAGUUGAGGAGAGUGUAAAAGUGCUUAAGGAAGCUGCAAAAACAAGAAAAGUACCAAAAGAGGAGAUCCUAUCUGCUUUUUCUGUCAUUGAAAAGGCGAAAAUCGAUCCCUCUAAUUUUCUUGCUACACUUGGUGGUUCGGAAUCUCCUGGUAGAACAUGGAUGCUCAUUUUUACUGCUGAGAAACAAUUGAAAGGCGGUCGAUAUUUCCCUCUAACAGCUGUUCAGAGGUUUGAUGCUGCAGGAAAAAGAAUUGAGAAUGGAGUAUACCUUGGGCCAAUUGGAGCCUUGACUUUUGAAGGAAGACUUUCAUGGAAAACAAGAAUUCUUGCUUUCAUCUUUGAGAGCAUUAGGAUAAAAAUUGGACCUUUGAAACCAUUGGAGAUUAGUCUUGGCGAAAAGGAUGACAGAGAACCGAGUAACAAAGAUCCUUUCUUUGUGUGGUUUUACAUUGAUGAAGAAAUAGCUGUUGCUAGAGGAAGGAGUGGAGGAACUGCAUUCUGGUGUCGGUGUAGCCGUGUCACGACUUGAUUUGUUGUUAGUUUGCUAGCACAGCUCCAUACUUGGUUAUUCUGUAAGUAUUUCCAUUGGUUUUGCAUAUGGAAGCUUGAACAUGUUAUAUGCAUUAGGAUUAGAAUUGAGUAAAUGUAAUAUGAAUCUUCAAUUAAUCAACAACAUUCACAUCAAAAAGCUUCAUCUUUUAACAAAGAUUUUGUUUGCAUAUAUGUGAGGAACUUGUAUAUGGUUUUUCUUUUGAUCAAAUAUUUCAUAUUGAUCAAAUAUUUCUUGGUAAAUAUUUCUCUUGUGCUGAUAUUUGUCUAAAUUAUUGAUUCAUCUAAUGAAAAUGAAUAGAAAUUCUUAGCAAAACAGAAAAGGAAGAAUGUUCUCAUCAUAGCCUUCUCCAAAAGAACUCCAAAGCAAUAAAAAUAGUUUUAUAUACAAAUUUUGGUAUAAAAGGUUUUAGUUGGUGGACUUUAGUGAAGAAGGAUGGAGAUUAAGGGAUUCUUAACCUCAUACUAUUUUUAUUCUCAAUUUUUCAUAUGACAAUUAAGAUCGUAAUUGUUUAAAACAUAAUAAAGUUAAAACAAUUUGUUAUACGUGUGUCUCUUUUACUUUAUACGUGUUUGAGAUUAUAAUUAUUCAGACAUCAAAAAUACAAAUGGGGUGUUUGUUAUGUGAGUUUGAGUUGGAGGGAGUUUAAAUUAAGAAAAUAUGAAACUCGUAUUAGAAUAGGUUAACAUUACCAUUAUUUUAAGAGAUUAUUUCACAAAUAUACAAAACAACAAAAAAAUUACAAAAAUACGGUUUUACGAAAUUUUAAACAUUUUUUACAAUUUUUUUGAUUUUAUUUACAGAUAAUACGUUUUUUUUAUGUUGUAAUCUUGUUGAUUUUUUGUUAUUUGUAUGUUAUUUUGAUAUUAUUUAGAUGUUAUUUUCAUGUUACUUUUAUGUAAUUUUUUUGUUGUUUUCGUGUUAUUUCUAUGAGAAACCGUAAAAAUAUAUAUAAAAAAAUCUUUAAACUUAAAAAUAUAAUUUUUUACAGAAAAUAGUGCCUUAUGUAAUUAUCCAUAAUUUUAAUUUAGUAAGACCUAGUUGGAAACACAAACUUGGUCAUUAAAAUUUAAUUUACUAAACAUGAGUUACGUUUAACAUUCACAUCAAGUUUAACCCUUGUACCAAAUGCCCCAAAAGAGUUACAUACACACAUAAUUUACACACACCCAUGUCGCGAGUUAGUUUUGAUUAGUGGGAUCUAUCUUUAAUAAAGAUGUUCGGUUGAAGUUACUUGUCACAUAAGUGUGUGUCAAAUUUGUGUGUGAAUUAUGUGUAGACAUAUCAUUACUUUUUGGUUUCUUACUGUGGCGAUGGUUGAGCAAUAUAAGCUCGAGUUCCCUCUUCUUUGGUGACUGUCUUUGGCGAGCAUAGUUGUCACGAAAUGUGUUAUCUUUCUCGUCUAUGCUCCCUAAGUUGGGGCCCAUGAGAAGCUUGGUUUUCUCGCAAGUUCUCGCCUUUCCUUUCUUGGAGCUUGAUAUUGUGUAUGAAAGCCAUGAGAAGCAACCCUUCUUGUCUCUUAAUAAUUGGUGUGUGCCUCUUCUUGCCUUGGCAAGUCACGAGAGGCAUCUCUUCUUGGCUCCACACCAUUAGCUCGUCUGUCACAAGCAAGAUGGUCUCUUGAGGAGGUUUGACGAGGUUCUUGAAAUAGCUCUUGGCUUCGCCCUUGAGUUGGUUGUACAUUCUUUCCUCGAGACCCACUUCUUUGAUCUUGAUCCCGAAGUGAUGGAACAUUGCUCUUGAUAGGUGAUGGGUGUGAAAGCACUAAAUAAUAAGGGUGUUUGUGUUGCGAGUGGUACAAUUUUAACUAAUUUUUUGGACUGCACCACACUUGCAGGCUGCACCACAUAGAGCUCAAAACUGCAUAAAUUGCACCACAAAAAAAGUGUGGUACAGUGUGAUGUGGGCAGUUUGCAAUAAUCACUAACUAAUUUAAUAAUUAAACACUACAAUAAAAAUGCACAAAAUUCUGAAAAUGUUUGAACAAAACAAUAAAAAUAUAUAUAUAUAUAAAGCUAUCGUACAAAAUACAUAAAUGAGCUCAAUAAUUAAUGUAGUAUAAACUAUGAUAUACACUAUAUAUUUUUUAAACAUGCUAUUUUUUGUCAUCCAUCAAUAUAAAUUUAUGUAUAUAAUUGAUAAUAUAAGCUUAAAUAAACUAACACUUCUAAUUAGAUAAAACAAAACCAAUAAUUAAAUCUCAUUUAUGAAACCUAAAUCGCAACUGUACAUUGCGUAAUUUCAAAUCACAACCGCACAGCAGAUCCUAAAACCACACUGCAUGUAUAGUAGUAUAGUGCAGACGAGAUAUGUAUGAUGUGAGUAGUUUAAUGGACACCUCUAUCAAAUUAAUACAUUAAAGAAAAGAGGGUAAAAUAAUAAUUUAUUGUAUAACAUAACUACAAAAUAGUAGUGAUUCAGUGAACAAUAAAAAUGGUAUUUGCAUUUAAACCUUUUCUUCAAUUAUAAAAACAAAAAUAAACAAAUAAAUAAUGGCAACCAACCAACUACCCCCCAAAAAAUAAAUAUAAAUACAAAAAAAGUCAAUAGUUUUUAUGGUGUUGUUGGCAAACAAAAUCUACAACAACAGAGCUCUGAAUCUUCCCUUACAUUAAUGACUCUUUGCUUCUUAUUAUAUCUAACAGCUUACCUGGAAAAUCUUCUUUCUUCUUCUCUUCUCCCAAAGCCCCCAAACACUUCUCUAACACAGAAAAAAAUAAUAAUAAUUAAAAAAAAUAAUAGAAAAAAGUGAAUUUUGGUAUCUGUGCUUCUUCAUUGCAAUAAUAAUAAUAAUAAUAAUAAUAAUAAUAAUAAUAAUCAACUUUCGCUUUCUCUGAUUUUUUUUUUUUUAUUUUCGGGUAAGCAUUUAAUGCCAUGGCCAAACCUCCAAAAUCCAUUAAAUUGGCAAAGACAGAGCUUUAAAGCUUCUUCUUCUCUCUUACUGUGACUCACAGACAGAGCUUUUUCAAACCCCAUUAAUAAAAGCGGUCCGACCUCAUUACUACUCAUAAUCUUGGGGUUUUCAAAUCUCCCACCCUCACCGCCCGUGCCUCGGGAUCACCGCACCGGAGCCGGCUAGACGAGUGUAACGACGACGAAGAUGGUCUCAUGAACAUCGGACUCGUCAUUGAUUUUGUUCUUCGUGAUGAUCCUCCUCCUCCUCCUCCGUUGGAGAAUCUUGAGCUUGAUUCUGAUAAACCGAAAAAGCCUCUGUUUCGACGGAAGAAAGGUGAUUUCAUUCCUCUGUAGUAACGGAAUGAGAAAACCCUAGGUUUGCUUAAAGAACCGAAUGGCGAUGGUCUUUUGCUCCAGAAGUUGUUUCCUCGUCUGUAUCUCCACGGUGAUGCUGUAGCGGGCUCUGUUACCAUCAUUCGUUCCGAUGCUCCACUCCGCUCGAAUCCGAACGAGUACGAUCUUUUCAGUAUGAAAUCUCUGUUGUUGAUGAUUCGGUGAUCUUCGGAAUGAUUAGCGUUGAAGUUGUAACUAUUUCUCCUCGGCGAUUGUUCCUCGAUGCAAGGCGUGAUUUCCGUUACUGUAGACGAUGCAUAUUCCGGUGCUAGUGUUUCGUUAAGCGGCUCGAGUGCGAUGCUCCUAAAAAUGGCAUCGUCAAGACUCGGUCUGAUCCUAGCCGCCAUGAGCGGAAUAAACGGCGAUUCCGGACGAAAUAUCACGGCGCGACAGAGAGGACAGUUAGCGUGGGAACGAAGCCACAUAUCAAUACAAUCCACAUGAAAAGCGUGGGAACAAACAGGAAGAGUACGGACGUAAUCGUCUUCUUCAAAUUCUAUUAAGCAAACAGCGCAAUCGCGAUGAGGUCCGCCGCCUUUGUUGACCACCGUAUAAAUAGAAAGAGGAAUAGUUUUGAUUAUCGAAUCAUCGAGUCCAUAAGGUGAGAAAACAUGAAAACCAUCACUGGUUUCAAACGGCGAUGAAUCGUACGGCAACGAGUCUAAAUCGCCAGCCGAGGAAGGAAGAUACGAUCGUCUACUACUACGUCGACGGCGUCUUCUCCAACGACGCAAAACCCUGAGAACAGGAGGGAUGACGUGGCGGGAGAAUAAUCGAGAGUAGGUGACGACCAAGAAAGCAGUGGCUACAACAACUACCAUGGCUAUCAAUGGCGGACUAAAAUCAACAGGUAACCUUGUCGGUGGCGGAGAAGAUUGGUCUACUUGGGUUGUUGUUGUUGUUAUUGGGUUUGUAGUGGGCCCAACAAUUGGUUGAGUUGGGCUUGGAGUAGGCGAUGGUGUUGGGCUGGGUGAUGAGGCCCACGAAUUGAGGUUGGUGAAGGGAGACGGAGCAGGAGAUAGUAAAGCCAUGGAUGGAUUCAUGGUUGAGUUUGAAUAUUGUAAAGUAAAAAGAAAAGGAUAGUGGUGAAGAGUGAGGAGAAGGAGUGGAGUCAUGUUUUAAUGGAAACCAAAAUAUGUUUUUUUAUUUAUUUAUUUUUAAUUUAAUUUUGACUGGGUUUUUGACA